CAUCGACGCGGGUCCACUCAACGCCUUCAUUCUUGAUCCAUAAGCCUAGUGCACUUUACCCACCUGGGCCACGGCUGAGGCGCAUGGAAUGACCGCUUUCCUCCUGACAGUUGAGCGCUAUAAGAGCACGCUAUGAGCUAACAUACGCCGCUGUAUGCGGCCCUGCCUCUUCCGCAGCCUCUCCAUCCCCACACAAUGACUGACCUCUGGACAUUUUCGACGUACGGGGCUGCUCUCAUCGCCCUCUAUCUCAUCGGCUUGGGAGUGUACAGACUACUCUUUCACCCACUCGCCGGUAUCCCAGGUCCUCUUCUAGGCGCCCUCACGGACUACUACGUCACGUACUUUGAGGUUCUGAGGAACGGAGACUUGGUUUACCAGCUGCAGAAGCUGCACGCUAUCUAUGGCCCUGUCGUGCGAAUGGGCCCCAACUCUCUUCACUCCAGUAAUCCCGACGUGUACAGCAAGGUUUACACGAGAGGGACGUCCUUCGUGAAGGACCACGCUCUGUACCGCGGGUUCUCGCAGCCCAUGUCGUCCUUUGGAAGCGUGGACCCCGCCUUUGCGAAAGCCCGUCGGGACGUGAUCAGCCCCCUCUUCUCCCGUCGCGCUAUCCUCAAGCUGGAGCCUUUCAUUCGCGAGAAGGUCGAUAAAUUCACAGGAAAGCUUCUCGAGUACAAGGACACCUCCAAGCCUGUCGACGUCUUCCGCGCCAUUCGUUCUAUGACCUUCGACAUCAUCUACUCUUACUGCUUCGGCGAGUGCUAUGACGCCCUUGACGCGCCUAACUUCAGCCACCCCAUCAUCAUCGAUGCCGAGCUAUCCUCGAGCUACAACCUAGUCUUUAAAGCUAUCCCUGGACUUCUGCCGCUCCAAGCCCUCGUCGUCAAGCUCCUGAAGCCCUUCGGUCGCAGCGUACCCGGGCGCGCGCAAAUGCGGACGAAGCUCCUUGCGCAGAUUGACAGGCUGCUGCGAGACCCGAGUGCGCUCGAAGACGCGCCGCACGAGACAGUCUAUCACUACUUACUCAGGCCGCAUCCGGAGAAGGGCUUCCCUGAUAUCCCGCCUCGAAGCUCGCUGCUCGACGAGGCUAUGAACUUGCAGCUCGCGGGAAGCCACACUACGGCGAAUGCGAGCAUCGUUGGGUGUUACCAUAUCCUGAAUAAUCCGAAGGUUCAUAGCAGGCUCGUCGCUGAGCUGAAGGAGGCGAUCCCGGACCCUCAAGCUAUCUCAUUCGAGGUUGUGGAGAAGCUGCCGUACUUGACUGCGGUGAUCAAGGAAUCCCUACGCCUGUCGCACGGCGUAGUCUCACCUAUGCUCCGCGUAGUCAACGCCGACGACACAGAGCUUGACGGCAUAGCUGUACCUCGAGGCACUUCCGUUGCCAUCGGCAACUCCUUCGUUCAUCUCAACCCCGACAUAUUCCCCGACCCUUACACCUUCAUCCCGGAGAGAUGGCUGGGAGAGGACGCAAGCACACAAGAAAAUUACUUGGUACCCUUCUCGCGGGGUCAACGCAAUUGUCUGGGCAUGAACCUCGCGUGGUGCGAGCUCUACCUCAUCUUCUCCAGCAUGUACCGCCGCGUGGAUCUUGAGUUGAGUAACAGCAGCCCCGACGACAUGAUAUUCAGAGCGCACUUCAUCCCUGUCUUCCCGCCGCGUCCAGUGCGGGCGAUUGUGAAAGGAGUAGCGGCAUAAAAGAUGCGCCUUAUGGCUCGAAAAGCGGAGCAACUGCUCCUAGGCAGCAUGCUGUUCCACUGUCCAACUAUAUCAUACACGAAAAAUAGCACGAACCGGUAUGCCAGUCCCUGAACAACGUAAAGAUCUGAC